AUGACAGCUUACAUUAAUUCAAUUCUCACUACCAGAUUGCAUAGAGCAGUGUUACAGUGCGAUUGCUGUGUUUUCCGCGAGAAAAUGUUAUCUUCGCUUAUUGUCAUUUUAUUAGUCCUGUUUCCCUGUUACUGUAACAAAGUAAAACGUUCAUUCACUGUCGACUAUAGUAAUCACGUGUUCAUGAAAGACGAUGCACCUUUCCAAUAUGUUUCCGGAAGUAUACACUAUUUUCGCAUCCCGCAAGAGUACUGGCCUGACCGACUUUUCAAAAUGAAGGCUGCUGGGUUGGAUGCCAUUCAGAUUUAUAUACCAUGGAAUUUCCAUCAGCCCGAAAGUGAUAUAUUCAAUUUUCAUGGUGACCGAAGUCUGCAAAGGUUUUUGGAACUGGCUUCAUCGUUAGAUCUGUUGGUAAUUGCACGAGUCGGACCAUAUAUAUGUGCUGAAUGGGAUUUUGGUGGGUUGCCUCCUUGGCUUUUACGGAUUAAUCCAUUGAUGAAAUUACGCUCCAGUGAUCCAGAAUAUAUGAAUUAUGUGACGAAAUGGUUCGACGUUCUGUUACCUAUCAUUAAACAUUUUCUUUAUGAGAAUGGUGGACCGAUAAUUAUGGUGCAGCUCUUGCUCAAUGAUAUAAGGAAGUCAAGAGUCAGUCGAAAUAAUGUCCAUUUUGAUUUACCUAAUCUUACUGAUUACGACAUAGGACAAGGUUAUGGUAUUGAUCAGGUGUCUGCUCAAGCAAAACAAAAAUUAGCUGACGUAUCGGUCUCGAAUCAGAAUGCAGAGAAUACAUCAAACGAAUCAACAAUAUCAAAUAAUUUAUCUGCAAAUCAGUUGUUACUUCGUCGUUUCAACAAUCAUUCAAUACUCGUUUUAAAAUCUCUUAAUUCAAGUGAUGCAUCUUCAUCGACUAAUAAUUCAUCUCAAAAUUCGAAAGAUGUGCUUAAUUCCUGUCCGUUGAAAGACCACGUAUACGUUAAAGAGCUUGUGGAAGAUCAAAACCCUCCAGAAAUCCAGUUAGACUUAACCUGUAUAAAUGACUACUUAGAGGGUCCUACUCCUAGUAUAACUGAAAAAGCUACCAAGUUAGUGGACCCAUUAUCAGUUACCCGGCAAACAGAUACUUCGUUUUAUGGAUUACAAGUAGAGCAGUCAGUAAAUAAGUGUAAAAAUUCAAUGAUAUCUGCUUAUCACAUGGGAAAGAAGCCAGGUGUAUCACUUUUAACUGCACUUGAGUCCCAACAAGCAUUAGCAGAUGUCUCGCCUGGUGGUUGUCUCAUCGGUGGGAAACUUAAUAAUGAACGCUCGAAAACAUGUGACUUAACUAGCGAGUCAGUCAGGAGCAGUCAUAUAUCGAACUCUCCGAAAGCGUCUGAUGAACACCAUUCGGGUGACGAUGUCGAUCGUGGUCCGCCACUGCUCACACUAGAACAGGGUAAAGAUUUGUCGCUCUUAUAUUCAAGUGCUGCUGAACUCUUAAGACAUUUCUGGGCAUGUUUUCCCGUAACGACCCCGCAGCUAGCUGAUAAGUUGGAUCGUGUUGCUGCUAGUCUCAAUCGUUUUCGCACAACCAAGGUAGCUCACUUCGCCGCUAGCGUUGAUCCAUCUUUCCGAAAUAAAUCAGACACUUAUUCUGCAAACUCAUCUGAACAUCUAUCCAACUCAGGGAAUUCUGGAUCUAUUUCUUACCGUUCAAGUGUAACUAGUCACCUGGAAUCGAUGCUAGACUCCGCCCAAAAGAAAUAUUCUGAAUGGAAAACUCGACAUUCGCAAUAAUGUAGAUAUCUGUAUAAAUGAACCUUGUGGGACUGUUUUUUUCAAUUUUCUGUUUCCUUUUCUCCUAGUUCCCUAAUUUAAAUGACUACUGUUUUGUAGCACCAUGCCAAAUUGUACAUAUUUACUUUUCGGAUAUCAAGAAAUUCACUAUAUUACUUCGCAACG